CUCGGGUAAGAUAUUAUAUGUUAUUCCUGCAAUAGUUGUAUCAUAUCGCGACAUUUAUAGUUCCUCCUUUACGUGAUUCUCUGGACAUUUCCUCCAUUUCAUGUUCCCCCGUGAAGUGAUUCGACAAAACCCCUGCUGAACCCCACUUCUCCCAACCCCUCACUUGGUAACAAAUAACAUCAACAUCUUCACCGCAAGAACACUCCAAACCUGGUCAUCAUGAGGCUGAUGACAACGGCUGCCUCCUGACUGUUGCAGCUCCGUCACCCAUUUGGCGGCUGGGGGGUUGGUGCCGACUCUUGCUCAUGCAAGGCUACCCAAAGCACCCUCGAAAAGCAGCCUGAAGCGGCUAGGGCAGCUGCACUUACAGCGUAUGCCCACUCCUGUCGUAGCCCCAUUGGUCUUGUAUUGCCAGCUCAUCGACGCCUCUUAUGCGGUUCAUGCAUGCAAGCACGCAUUUCAGGCUGCGCAGCUUCUAAUUCCGGUCGCCUGCUCCUUUUCUCCCUGUUACUUUCGUCUAAAGAAAAUUUCGUUGGGUCGCACGGAUGAAUUAUUUUCUUCAUAUAUUUCCUUGCUUGCGGAUUUGUCUUACAUCUCCUUUCCUGCAUUUUGCUGCUUCAAUAUUUGCGUAUUAUGUGUCUCCGAAAUCCUGACGGUGAGUGCCUUGCGGAAAAUAGUGGACAGGAGUGGUGAUGUAACAGUGGACGAGGAUUGUGCUGACAGCUGUGCAGAAUGCGAAUCGAGAUCCCUGGCCGACCGGCGACGAUUCAUUGAUCGAGGAUGGCGAUGGGGCCCGAAAUCAUAACUUUCGUGCCAAAUGGUGAUGUUACUCUGACACUCAUCCGACAUAUAUAUCAAGAAGUUGAGGCACCAGGGGCGGAAAAUAAGGCGGCUGCGGUAGAGGAGCCGGUUCUUGACGAGGACGCGGAAAUUGAGGCAGCGCUGGGUAUCGAGCCGGAAGCACCGGGAGAAGACGAGAAUAUUCUAUACUAUGCACCGGAUGCGCCAGGAGCUGAGGAUGGACCCUUCUAUCCGCCUCCGCCACGAGCGAAGCGCGGAUCCGAUGAGAGGGACAGAUCUGCGAGUCCGCCGGCAUCAUUUUGGGCUGCGUUGAAAAGACAGGCUGCGAAAAUAAACAUCGAUGCAGUGGUGGAUGAAAGUGCACCCAAAGCAGCGGUGAAGACGGAGAAGAUCCUGGUGUCGAGUCACGAAGUGCAGUGUAUCGUUUCUAGUCAUCAUUUGAUGCUAGCCUCGCGAUAUUUCGAGACAAUCCUUGGUGGGGAAUUUGAAGAGGCGAAGAUGUUACGGUCAGCGGGUCAUGUGGAAAUCACGAUGCUAGAUGAGGAUUUGGAUAGCAUGGUAAUUCUGUUGAACAUCAUUCAUGGAGCGAGCCGAAAGGUUCCUAGGAACGUCAGCCUGGAAGUCCUGAGCAAGCUUGCUGUGCUAGUGAGUAAAUAUGGAAUGUUGGAAACGGUAGAAUUUUUCUCGGAUACCUGGAUUGAUCAUUUGCAACGGGAGGGGCUACCAAAAGCAUACACCAAAGAAGUGUUGAGACUGCUGUUUGUUUUCUGGGUAUUUGAUAGAGAAACGGAGUUCAGGGAUAUGACGAGAUUGGCUCAGAGGGAGGCGGAUGAUAAACUCGAGGAGGACGUUGGGAAGCUGGAGGGGGUGAAGAUUCCUGUUGAUAUUAUUGAAGCCAUUAGACAAGCACGGAUCUCUGCAUUGGAGAGUGCAUUAUCCAUCAUCCACACUCUAAUCGCCAAAUACAUGGACGGUGCCGCCCUGUGCGAUGCUGCCCUGGAUGACGAACUUCGCUAUGCAUGCGACGCCAUGGUCCUGGGUUCUCUUCUGAAGAGUUCCCGCAAAAUCGGCAUCUGGCCAAAACCUGAAGCGCCAUUUCCAGGAAGGAAGUACAAAGGCCUGGCGAAGGCGAUCCGAGGAAUCAAAAUUCUGGAUGUGUGUAACAAAACGAGUAGUCGAAGGUGGAACUCGCAUGGCCCAGCAGGCAACUCUCAUGGCCUGGAAGAUGAGAUCGAGGAGAAGUUGAAAGAGGUUGAGAAGGAACUCGAUGGAUUGAGAUUGUUUGACUUCGCGAAGAAGAGCGAGGAAUACAUUCCGGUUUUGCAGUUCGUCGCUCCAGCGCCAGCAGUGCAAAUAUUGAAUGGAGAUCCGAAGAAGGAAAUCAACGGCAUCAAGACGCACUCUCAGGCUUACGGGGAAAGGAUACCAGUCGUGAGACCUGAGCAAAGCCAAGAGUCAAAGCUAGAAGAAACAAGAGCCAAUGUGGUGUCGGUUCAAACGCGACGUCCGCCAGCGACAAACAACUCCAGAGAAGGACGACAGCUUACUCAAGGGCAAACCCAACAAGAAAACUUGCAGUCUUCGAACCCAUAUAAUCAGCAGCGGCAUCAAGAUAUCAGACCUGAGUCCCAAGGACAACAAUCCUCGCACGUGGACCAACCAACAAGAGGCCGGAGUCCAUCAAAAUCAGUGGUGCAGCAGGAAAAAUCACAACCUGAUGGUCGGGCACCAGAAAGGCAAACCUCACCAUCUCUUUUCUCAUGGCCGAGCGAGACAUCUCUCAAACAACAAGAGAACGAGGUAAAGGCGAUCCCCAAGUCACAUCAAUCGAGCGGAUUUGUUCAGCAAGAGAGCCAGGCUCAAUAUUCGCCACGUAACAGUGUACAGGAGAUCUCUACAGCGAAACCAGUAUCGAUUGCACCUGUUCAGGAAAGACAAGGCUCAGGUGCAUUUCCCAUGCAGGAAAGACAGGUGCAACCGUCACAGCGAAAUGGGGUCCAUGAAACCACAACUACCAAAUCAGUACCCGUCGCCACUACUCAACAAAGACCAAAUUCAACCGACUUUUCGCGGAGGGAAGUGCAGACACAGCCGUCACCUAGAAAUAGCAUUCAUGAAGUAACCAUAGCCAAACCUGCAGGGAUGUUAACAUCUCAGCCAAGGAGUAACGUGCAGAAUGACCAAAAUGGACAGCAUGCGUACAACGGGCAGAACGGGCAAAAUAGACAGCAUGGGCCAAAUGGACAAGUUGCAAACGCUUCAGCAACAGUUGGUACAACGAACAGGAAGCCGAUCUCGACUCCUCCAACACCGACAAGUCCAACAUCUAGAGAACACGGCCAGGUACUCGCUUUGAGAGAUGUAUCGAAAAUUACGGAUGCUGACAAGAAAUUGUCACGAACACCUUCGUUUCCACAAAUGCCUAUGGGCCGAGAAGACGUCAAAUCACCUGCUCCUGAAGAACCAAGAGUUGCAUCCAUGGAUCAGAAUGCAUUAAUGGAAGGUGUACCCCUCUCAUCCAGGAACGGCAACUCUUUAGCAGUGGGCAACCGUGAUGAGCGCAAGUCGAACGCCGUCCCAGCACCAGCCACAACCGUAGAGCGGAAAUCCCCAUCACCACCUGCUCCAGCGCCAGUUUCGCCUAUCAUCCGUCGGGGACGGGAUGGUAGAGAUGGCAGAGAGAAGAGUCCUCCUACCGCGGGGAUCAUCAAGGGGAGGGAAAGCCCGUUGAAACAAGUUCAGCUUGUCGAAGACGUCGAGGAGAAAGACAAAGACACGGAUCAGGCUCUAGUUGACGAGGAGGUUUGGAUCCCGCCUGUGCAGAACUUCAGAACAAGAAAGGGGAAGAAGACGUUCUCGACGAGGUUUUCAUGAGGUUGACCAGACAGGAAAAGUGGAAGGCAUGGAAGCAAAGGGAGGGGAAGCAAGAAUGAUGGAGGGAAAAGCUAUGUCAGAUGGAGAUAUUGCAACGAAUUUCCUUGUUUGUAAAGGGUGGGCUUCUUACGUUGCUACGUUCAUGAAAUUAUGAGGAAUGAUCUGAUGGGAAUGAUGAAAAGGCUGCCUAGAUGUACACAUAGGAGCGAUUGGCGUACUGAGCGAUUGAGUAUUCCGUUCUUAGCAAGCGAGCAUGGAAUUGAUUGUAGCCUUGUCUUGUCAAUGUCUGGGCAUCUAUUAAUGUACUUGGCGUAGACCGUCCAAAACGUGGAUGUCAAUGGUCAUUGGUGUUGACCUCAUGAUGCCUGGGCGAAUCACAGGUGCUCGGUUGUUCGCCGUACAUGACACGAUUGUCCUCGGGGAAAGGAAUCUCAUCCAUACAAAGCAUAUUGAUUUUUUCUACUUGAACGUCCCAGGUGCCUCGAGAAAUAUGGUAAGGUACCGCUUACCUUACCUAGGUAUGGA